CAUCUGUGCUUUGUCUCAGCAUCCAGCCCUCAAUCCCACCCACAGCCCAGCGAUUAUUUUUCAGAAAUCUCAUCAAGAUGUCUGGACCCUCUAAUCUUGUUGCCAUGAAAAAAGUCGUACAGCAGCUCCGAUUUGAGGCGAGCAUAAACAGAGUGAAGGUCUCCCAGGCCGCGGCAGACCUUCAACAGUUUUGCAUGCAGAAUGCCUUGCAGGACCCUCUGCUCACCGGUGUAUCCUCCAGCACCAACCCAUUCAGACCGCAGAAAGUCUGCUCCUUCUUGUGAAAACCACUGUGUUCAUUGGCCUUCAUUUUGAUGCUACAGGGAAAAGAUGACCUCAACACUGCUCCUCAUGCCAAGCCAUUAUACUGCCACGGGAUCUCUUGAGUGUAGAACACAUUGUAAAACAUGUCAGGAAGAUGACCAUCUAUUUUCAGCCACGGUAGAAGAACGGAGACAGUUUUAUUUUUCAUGGCACAGUAUGAUUUUCGAGUGAAUUAUUGUGCCUUUUCUAUUGUUGUAUUUUAGUCAUCACUAUUCUGGACUUUUUUGUAUUUAAUGAAUAAAAAGCAUUCUUUACUA